AUGAUGAUAACAUGUUCAAAAUGUUUUCGUUUAAAUAAUCCUAAUGCUCGUUUUUGUGAUCGAUGUAGUGCAUAUCCUGAUCAUGCAUCUACAUCAAUACAAUGUACAAAAUGUCAUACUAAUAAUGAUUCAUUUGGAAAAUUUUGUUCAACAUGUGGAUGUGUUCUUGAACCACCAUUACGUAUUAUUGAUACACGUCUUCAAAAUGAUUUGAAUAUUUCAUCGCCAUCAAUGAUUGCUAGUACAUUAACACGUAAUUCAGCUAAUCCUGUAUGGCUUAAUGCAAAUACAACGUUGACUAAUUAUCAUCAAUCAUAUUCAACAAUUAAAAAAGAAGUUGCAACACAAACAUAUAGAAUUUAUUAUUCAAGUGCAAAAGAUAUUGAUUUAAUUAUAACACAAAAUAAAAAAUUAUUAAAUGAAAAAGAAUUAAAAGAAUAUCCUCCAAUAUUAACAUCUACAAGUCCAGGAAAAGGAUAUUGGCGCCAACAAUUAGAUCAUAUGUGUGCUCAUUUAAAAACUUAUGCAAUUAAUCGACCAGAUUUUCAAUCAUUGAUUGGUGAACCACGUAUGGGUAAUAUGAUUCAUGCAACUGUACAUGAAAAUGAAUAUCAAGUAACUAUACAAACAGUAUUUCGUAAACCAGAAAAUCUUUCACAAUCACCAUUUUUUAUUAAUGAAACAAAUGAAUAUUAUCCAAUAAAUAGUGAACGAAGUUCACCAUAUUCAAAUACAAUUUAUUCUGAUAGGUGUCCCAAAAGUCCGUUGGAAAAGUUAAUUCAAAUAUCUCUUAUACGACUCAAGCAAUUUAAUCGAUUUUUUUAUAGUAUUAAAAAAUCAUCACAUCAAAUCGAUAUAUUAAAAGAAGUUCAACGUUUAAUAAAAGAAAAAGCUGAUGUUAAUAUUAAAAAUAAAGAAGGUUAUACGAUUCUACAAUUGACUAUACGUAAUGGAUAUUAUGAAUGUUUAGAAACACUUAUUAUAGAUGGAAAAGCUAAAUUAGAUAAAAAAGGACCACGAGGUAAUACAGCAUUACAUGAAUGUUGUUUAUUAGGACUUGAUGGUGCUGAACCAUUAAGAAUUCUUCUCAAACAUGGAGGUGAUGCAUCUUGGUUAAAUGAUAAAAAUGAAAGUGUUAUUGAUAUAGCAGCAAAACAAAAUUGUCCAAAAUUAUUACAAGCUUUUUCUAAAUAUCAAAGUGAAAAAAUGCUUAAACAACAUACGAAAAAUUCUUAUGAUGAUCAUACAAGAAUAAAAACUAUUCAUGAUCAUCAUUCAUCAGAAAAAUUAUAA